CCUCUCUCUCCCCCUCCCUACAUACGAGCGAACGCGGCAGAAGAAAAGCUUGCAUGCAAUGGCGGCUUCCACAGCGGGAUCUUCGCUGCCUCUUCGAUCACGAGUCUCUCGCGAAUCCUCUCCGCUCAAUCACCGACCGAGCGUAGCCCGUGCCGCUCGCGAUGGGCGCCCGGGACAGCUCGUGGGGUCGCUCUCGAUGGCGUCUCCGAAGGAGGAGAGCAACAGGGUCGGAGCGAGGAAUCGCCUAUCGCAGGCUCUUGAGCUGAACAAAGCUUUCGAGGGUUCCAGGGGCGAGCAUGUCCACAUGGACGCGCAUUUGUUUCCCAAGCCUCUGUCUUCGGUACAGAGCUCCAAUCCCAACACCGACGGAUCUCGCCUGCGGGUUGCUUACCAGGGAGUUCGCGGCGCGUACAGCGAGGCGGCGGCGGAGAAGGCUUAUCCGAACUGUGAAGCAGUGCCAUGCGAACAAUUCGACACUGCUUUCCAAGCCGUUGAAAAAUGGCUAGUGGACAGAGCAGUUCUUCCAAUCGAGAAUUCGUUAGGUGGAAGCAUUCACCGAAAUUAUGACCUUUUAAUCCGGCACAGGUUGCAUAUAGUUGGGGAAGUGAAGCUGGCUGUAAAGCACUGCUUAUUAGCAAAUCAUGGUGUUGAAAUUGGAGAUCUGAAGCGGGUUCUUAGCCAUCCACAGGCUCUUGCACAGUGUGAGCACACGCUGACGAAGAUUGGCCUAGUCAGAGAAGAAGUGGACGAUACUGCUGGUGCUGCAAAGCAUGUUGCUUUCCACGACCUAAAAGAUGCAGGAGCCGUUGCCAGUGCUGCUGCAGCCAAAAUCUAUGACUUGAAUAUUCUUGCUAAAGACAUUCAGGAUGAUUCUGAUAAUGUUACUCGAUUCCUUAUGCUGGCGAGGGAGCCCAUUAUUCCUGGCACCGAUAUGCCCUUCAAGACAAGUAUAGUUUUCUCACUGGAGGAGGGUCCCGGAGUCCUUUUUAAGGCACUUGCUGUUUUUGCUCUUCGGAAAAUCAAUCUAACGAAGAUUGAAAGUCGACCCUUGAGGAAGCGAACUCUACGAACACCUGAUGAUACCAACAAUGGUGCUCCGAACAGAUACUUCGACUACCACUUUUAUGUUGAUUUUGAAGCAUCCAUGGCUGAUGUAAAUGCACAGAAUGCCUUGAGGCACCUUAAUGAGUUUGCUACAUCCUUGAGAGUUCUGGGGAGCUAUCUAGUCGAUACUACCAUGAUUUGAGAGGGCUACUACCUUGAUAUGGGUGGUUGGAGGCUGUUGCGAGACACACGAGAAGUGGUCAACCCCUAGUUUAAUCUCGAGGAAUCUCAUCCUGUCCAUGAAUUUGUUAGGACAAAGGUUGUGGUUAUGUUUUUAAUUUUGCCGACGUUCUAAUAGGUUAUUAUAUUUAGGAUACAAAUGUUAAUUGGUCUUUUGUGGUUGUCUGACUUCGAAAGAUCUAUAAGAUUAAGAUUAUUUAUUCUUUGCA